AUGGCCCCGGCCCCGGCCCCCGCCUCCGCCUCCAACCUGUCCGCUGACUCGGACGAGCAGAUUCCUCGUCCUCGCCAGCAACGAUCUCGCCGUGGCACCUUCCCCGGCCCUUGGCGCCGCCGGGAACCGACGGCCAUCCUCCUCCACGACUUCCACUUCCGGCUCGGCGAGUACGGGCAGGCGCUCAUGAUCUCGGGCCUCGCCGUCCGCAUGGCCCACGCGCUCAAGAUCAACGCCGAGCACAACGCCGACGUCCUCUGCGCCGACCACGACGGCGCCGCACCCACCGUCACCUCGCGCGAGAGCCGUCGUCGCCUCAUGUGGGCCUGCUACGUGCUCGACGCCUGGGCCGGCAGCGGCGUCGACCAGCUGACGCUCCUCCGCGAGAGCGACAUCAAGAUUCAGCUGCCCUCCAACGAGCGCAACUUUGGCCUGCGCAUCCCCUCCAUCACCGAGACGCUCGCCGUCGGCCACGUCCUCCAGUUCCUCCCGCCGGCCGUCGUGCCCCGCCGGCCGGCCGCCAACAUGGGCAUCAUGGCCUACUACGUGCGCGUCGUCGCCUUGUGGAAGCGCAUCGUCCGCUACGUCAACCACAUGCAGGCCAGCCCGCCCCCCUGGCUGCCCGAAUCCCCCCUGGCUGCGCUCGACGCCGACCUGCACCUCUGGCGCCGCGAGCUGCCCGACUUCGUCGAGUACUCAACCGAGACUGUCUACGCCCGCCUCGACUCCAACCAGCUCGGCGCCCUCGUCCUCGUCCACUGCACCUACCACCACAACUACCUCGAGCUCUACAAGAUGGCCAUGCCCGACCUCUUCAAGCUCCCGCGGCCGUUCGUCUUUCCGCCCGAGCACCAGCAGCACCUGCAGGCGAUGUGCCUCGGCUGCUUCCACCACGCCUCCCGGAUCGCCGCCCUCCUCGCCGACGCCGCCGAGCACGGCACCCGGCUCCUUUCCGACAGCUUGCUGCCCUUUUUCCUCUACGACAGCAGCCGCGUCAUGCUGUACUACGUCGCCCGCCUGUUGGACCCGAACCGGCCGGAUGCCGAGGCGACGAUGCGGGCCGCCGUCGAGGCCGUCGAGAGCAACAACCGCGUGCUGCGCCUCAUGUCGACGUUGUUUCCCAUCGCCCACUCUCUGUCGACGACGAUCGAGCGCUGGCUUUCGAAGAUGCAGCAGACGGCGAGCGAGGAGGAGCUCGUCAGCAGCUUGCGGUCGGAGCAUCGUUUGGAGGCCCAUCGAUCCCAGAUGCUCAACGGCGCCCGAGAUGCCGGGCAUCUUCUCCCUCCGCUCCACGCCUUGGCGCCCGACGGCAGCAAAGGCCACGGCGACGAUUCCCUCUCGGACGCCUCGUCCUGGAGCGCCGUCAACCCCAACGGCGCCGACGGCUCCGGCGAUGGCACCAGCGUCGCGCUCGUCGGUCGGCACCAGGAGGUGACGGCGCCGCGGUGCAGUCUGCAGCACGAGCGGCCGGUUCCGGCGUCGAUGCAGCCGCCGCCGCAGAGGAUCAUGCCGGUGGCGAGCGAGCAGCCUCAGCUGCCCAUGUGCGGGGCCCUCGACCUCGACGAUCUGCAAAGCUUUCUCCGAUGGGACAUGUACGGCAUCAUGGAGAUUGGCGGCGGCGUGUCCAACGAAGACAUGGACGAUUCCGCGCCGCCGUCGUGA